GAGCAACUAUGUUUAUGGUUAAGAUAUUUUAGCUUUUAUAACUCCACCUGUCUGGGUAAACAGUUGUGGGUUAUAUAUAUGAGCAUGAUAGGGAAGAAUCUCAUUCAUAAUUAAUCCAAUACCAAGCAGCAUCAGAUUCUUUCAGACUUUUCCACCUGCAAUGUAAACAUUCACUCUUUUAGCUGUUAUCGAGUAUCUGAUUCACUGAACAUAAGGGAUAAUCUUAGCAAUUUGAGUGCUAUACGAGAUUUUACCCUUUCAUAACACGUGGAAAGAUUGUUUCCAGGAUUUGAAAUUGUGACUUCUAGAUUGCACCUUGCAACUUUAUCAUCAUGCCACAUGUUCGCCCGUAUCGAUUCCCACGUACUUUUGAUGUUUUAUAUAAUGCUAGAUGAUUCCAGCUAUCUGAUCUGCGUACAGUCUGGGUUUGAAAAUACACUUAAUUGACAAUACUGAGGGGUGCUGUGCUAGCUGGGCAUCCUUUUGUAAAUUAAGCUAGGGUGACUUUUUCCUGAGACUUGCUACCUGAAUGGAGCAACCGCCCACAGGCAGGAGUAGCAGCAGGUCUUCAUCAUAUGAGAAACUGGUAGCCAUAGGCUUGGCCCUUGUAGCCGUGGUUUCACCUCUGUAUAUUGACAGGAGAGCUGAUACCGAUGAGGAACACUUCAACUGGUUGUCCUUGCUGCUGUUGGUGUUGAUAUUGGCCAUCACUUUGAUGCUACUCUCAGACUGGCGCCUCAUCAGGUUCGAUCCUUACUGGAUUCAUAGAGUUGGGGGUUCUUCUGUUGGUAUCGUUGUGAUUCUUGUUGUCCUUGCCUUACUAGUGAAGUGUAAAGCUUCUAUGAACAUCUAGGCAGCUUGAUGAAAUUUCAGAGCGACAACAGCUUCUCAAUGAAUGUCAACCUUAAAAGACUGUAUUAAUCCCACAUCGAAGACGUCAAAUCAGUCUCUAGACACAAGUGUAAGAUAAAAUGGGCCCUGAGUCUCAUUUGAAACGUACUUACCUGGACUGGAUCAAUGGGUGAUCAAUCAGGCCCAUGGCGUGGGUCGGUGACCCCCAUUGCACUUAGGAGGGGUAAUGUCCUAAGGUCUCCCCAUUGAGGGAGAGCAUACGUCGUAAUUUGUUGCAGUGGGGCCUGCGUUUGCGCGGCCCCACUUGUUCUAGUUCCAAUUUUCGCCUUCAUUCUAAAUUUGCAGACGUAUGAUUAGCGCAAUUUCUGCGUCAUUGGGCCGGACUGAGUUUGGAAGGCCCAUCUUUAGGCAAUUAUUAUUUCUAGAGGUGACUGAUUCCUACGUGACUUGAUCAUGGGCCCCAUUCGUACUACUGUCGAGUUUGAAAUCAAUAACCCACGUGGUCAUUGAAAA